GCGAAGCUGUCCCAUCGAGGCCAGAUGCUGGUCGUGCUUCUGCCCGAGUAAACCAUUGACUUAUUUAUUUUGUUAAUAAUGAUGUUCAAGUUUGUGUUCAUGUUUGCGUUGUUCAUGCUGGCCGCAGCCACCCCCACGCGGAAGCGGUCAACGACACCCGUUGAAUUGGUCAGCGUGAUAGAAUUAGAAGAGCCAUGCGUGCGCCAGGGCGGUCUCUGCCUCCGCAUAGAAGACUGCCAGCCCGGGAACCUCGUGCAGAUGAGGGGCGUGCUCUGCCCCAACCAGAGGCACUUGGGAGUCGAAUGUUGCUAUGCAUGAAGGAGAUCUAGGGAGAAGCCGUAUUCCGCCUUAAGUUAAGAUAGAUAUAAGCUGUCAAAUAUAAAUGGUUUAUUACAAAUGUAUUAUGCUCGGUUUCUAUAUGAACUAUCUUAUUUUAUUAGCUUCACUGUCAGUUAAAAUACAAACGUAUGCAAAAAUUUCUGUAAUUUUUUUUGCCUGAUAGGGAAGCGCUUGACCAUGAUCUUGCCUGAUGGUAAGUUGAGAUGUGGCAUAAGAUGGAGCGCGCUUCUCUAGAAGUAGAAAUCGUAAAUAGAAUGAGAAUAUUAAUUAUAGUAUGUUAUAUAAUUAUGAGUAUUACGAUGUUGUUAUUGCUGUGAGCAAACUUAUUUUAUUAAAUGAGUACUUAAUGA